AUGCGCCCAGAUGUCCCAAGAGCUCCCAGAACAUCCCGGCUUUCUGCAGCAUCCUCGUCGACGCCAUCCGCGACGACACUCGCCAGCACAUCUCUAAUUUCCACAAAUACAGCUCCUACCUCAUCCUCUUCCAUCCUCCCAAAGCCAAAGAUGGCCCCGCCCCUUGCCCCCGCCGUUGCUGGCCUCGUCCAACACGCCCGGCCCCUCCGAGCCGUCGUGUCGCGCGCGCUCCAGCUUCAUCCAGAAGAUGAGAGCGACAAUGUACUCGCGGUCGUCUUUGCUCUCCUCGAACGCGCUGGGAAUCGCGCAAUGUCCGUCAAGGAACUAGGCGAGGCCGCGUUUGCUCAGGGAUAUCUACGUACCAGCCCGUCUGCGGCUGGCCAGGCCAUUGGGACACACAUCCGCAACCACAUUGCUCGACACGCAGACGCUCCCUGGACGCAACUCCUUUCCAGCUACAAGCUCGAAGGCGGCACCCCAGACGAAGAGGCGCGCAUCGGUGGCGCCGUCUAUUGCGCCUCGCUCGCCUCUUGUCGACGCGGCACCACCGUCUGGUAUAUGUCAAGGGCUGCCGGUAAACCUUGUCCGUUUGAGCGCAUCGGCGUCUCUGUUCCUCAGCCCGUAGACCCCAGUGCCCCUCCUCCUACCACAUCAUCGUCCCCGCCGUUGUCUGGCCUCAAGCGGAAAAUCCCACCAGACGAGGCACACGAUGGCACGCGCCCUGCAAAGAUCCGAAUCACCCUCCGACUGCCCCCUCGCAAGCCCAUUCCAAAACGUCCCCGUCCAAUUCAUUUCCCGACACCCUCUAUUUCCGAUUCAGACUGCGAUGAUGACGACGACGACGAGAGCUCGACCGGACAGAGUGGUAGUGGCAGCAGCAGCAGCAGUGACGAGGAAAUGCUCGUCGACGACUUUAAUACGCUUCUUGCAGCCGAUGUCCCUAUCGCAAUUCCCUGUCCAGCAAGAGCCGCCCUCGCCUCGACGUUUACCGGCCAUCGCAGGCAGCCAAGCCACCACCACCAUCACCAUCAUCACCAUCAUCGUCAGUCCUCGCUAUCCUCCUUGGAUCCUGCAUCCUUUGUCCAGCAAUUCUUUGACACAUGCGAGCCUCCACCAGACUCGGAAGACGACGAUGACGACUUUCACAAUUCGAUGCUCCGUCCAAACGUCGACGAACAGCUCCAGGCGGUCAAAGAAGAGUUGGAUGUAGACGCCAUUGAAAUGGACGACGACGAAUUACUCCUUCAUUUCAAGACGGAAGACUUUUUGGAUCUCGACAUCAAGGAAGAGGAACUCGUCACACCGCCUCCUGCAACCGAGCCGAGCGGAGAAAUGACUGCUCAUCCAGAACUCGAUUGGUCUGGCGUCAAAGUUGACGAGGGGGUGUUUAGCCCACUCGAAAUGCUCGUCCCUCCUGGUGGCGACUCGUCGGCUGCUACCGCGCUCCAAACACCCGUCACGGCCACCCCAUUCAUCCAAUCCACUUUCCCUCUCCCAUCGCUCGUCACUGCUCGUGCGAUCCGCGCAGCCAUGUCCAGACAUUCGUCCAUUUCCGCACCGCCACCGACUCCGUGGAUCAAGACGGAGGAGGACCCGCUCCUGUUUCCUUCUCGUCUUUCUCCCGACGGUCUGUCCAUUCUAGAAGAAGACGAACUCCUCUCCAACCCGGAUGCGUUUUUCCCAAACCCUUCGACGAGUCCCGACCCACGGUUCCCAGAGGCGUCAUCAUCAAGUCCUGCGCCUAUUUUGCCAUCCGAAGUCGACCUGCUGCGGCCGUGGGAGAGUGAGACGUGGGCGCCGAUCCCAGGCCCCGAGAGUGUUAGCACAGACGAUGUCGAUAGCAUCACGUACACGGAUGUCACAGACGAUGUAACAGCAGCAACAGGUUUGGUUCAGCCCAGCACGUCUGCACCGAGCCUCAACCGCAGUUCGCUCUCAUUCCCCAUCCCGGUCACUUCACGCAUCCUCGGGACAAAUGGACGAGCGCCCAAGCCUCCUCGGCUUUCGAUGAGCGCACUGACGACGCUCAACAAGCACCAUAACCUGUCCCGCGUUCACGGUCAUGGUGGACAUGCACGACGACAUUCCCAUGCGGCCGGCGUAACGACCAAGAAUCGGAGAUUGUCCGUCAUUUCGACUGCAUUCUCCGACUGGACGAGUACAGGUACACCAGAGGAUGCCGAGACGUCUGCCGCGCCGCUCGCCACGCCUUCGCAUACGGGCUGGAGAAUGUUUCCGUGGCCGCCUGCAGCUCCUACGCCUACUCUUGCUGCUACCCCUGCACCUUGUUCUGUUGCGGGUGGUGUAUCGGAGAAUGAGGAAAAGGCCAGUGUCGAAAAGGAGGAUGUGAGCAUGGCGAGUCCCCAAGAGGCUUCGCCUUUGGUCCCAUUGGUCAACGAUGAGACGACGGAUGACGAGCUUCAUCGAUGCUUGUCUGCGCCCACGUUUAAUCAAGUCCUCCAGAAGACGCUCCCGACGGGUGUCCGGAUCUCGACUCUGCUCUUACUCGGUAUCCCGGUGUUUCAAUGUCGUAUCGAUUCGCCUCCUAUCGAGCUUAUUCGACGAAUGGACACUGAUUAUGUAAACAUUUCGACCAUUAUGUCUCUCGCCCAGCACCUCGCGCAAGCCACGGCCACUCGCUUCCGAAGCAAUAGCAGCGCAACCAAUGCCAGUACGUCGGGAACUUCUGCAGUAGCAUCGACUGCGCUCCCGACCCCGCCGCCUGCAGAGGAACUGCCGCCGAAUCAUGUCUACAUCAACUCGGGCGCGCGCGUCAUUCAUGGUGGAUGGGUCUCGUUGUCGACGGCGCGUUCAGUCGUCAAGAAUUAUCAUGAUUUGCCCGCCUACAUUCGUCGCGUGUUUCUUGCGGACCAACUUGCCGAAAAGUUUCCCGAACCGAUUCGGCAUGUCAAGGCCAUUUUGACCGCUCGACAAGCGAGUAAACAACAGCAAGUUGGAUUUGGAAAGCCAUUUGCGAAUCCGAGUUCGCUCAGCGCGCACGAGUUGCUUGUGAGCGUGACAUUGCCCCCUCGUACGACGCCGCGUUCUGCGGCAGAGGCCGGUGCGAAUUUGCCAUUGGCAGCCUCUGGUGUGGUUGUUCCUACUCCAUCUGCACCUACGACGAUGACGGCCCGCGGCGCGCCGCUUGCGCUCAAGACGAAAGCGGCUGCAGCUGCCGCGGCGGCUCGAGCGUCAUUCCCGCUUUCGCCAAUUGAUGCUGUGACGAAUGCGAAUGUGCAGCUUGGGAGGGUGAAUGCGAAUGGCGUCCAUCAUGGUGCAGCGAUUGCGCAACAGAACAUCAUGUCCCUGACGGAUCCGAUGGGCGAGCACGAUAAGCCCUGGACGACGUUGCUUGGCAAGACGAUGGUCGAGCCCAAAGAGGAGGAACCGCUCAAGCCUGAAGAAGAGGAGAUUCUCAAGGCGAUUCUCAAGAGCCCGCCACGGUCGCAGGUGCUCCCCAAGGAUGUUGAGGAAGAAGGGGAUAGUCAGGAAAUGUGUGUGGAUGACGAGUUGGAAGAGGAAGAAGUUGCGCGGGGCGUCGUCGACUUGUCGUCGGAUGUCGAACGAGAAGACAAGGAUGUUGGCGGACAAGAGGCUGAAGAGGAACAAGAAGAAGAGGAAGAGCCUACUAUCCGCAUGUCGACUCGUUCUGCGCGCAAGAGGGCGUCCGAGUCUGCGCCUCCAAAGCAAGUUUCGCAAACGCCUUCAGCGCCAUCGGCACCUGCUGCGGAAAAGACGACGAGGAGACGGAAUCUUCGCCAUGUACAGUCCGUCUCCAGCGUGUCUUCUGAACUUACCGUUUCGGAGAGCGAAUCAUCUGCGCCGCCGCCGUCGUUGGACAGUCGACCAGCGCUCAAGGGCAAGUCGACCAAUCAUCCUCUUGUCCCGACAUCGUCGUCGAACAUGGAACGUGCUGGCGCUGUAGAGGAUGUGAAGAAGGAGAGUGCCGCUUCGUUGCGCAGUCGUGCUGCUCGUGCACGAGGGCGUGGACGCGUCAAGCCACGAGGAGUCGUCACACACGGUGCAGAAAAUGGACCACGCGUGCGGAUCAUUGAAGUCGAAGAGCCCUCGCGUCCCUCGCCGACGUCGGAUGCUGAAUCGUCUGGAGAGGAAGAAGAGGAGAGCAGCAAGCCUCGACGAUCGGUCCGGAUCACCAAGCAGGUUCAUCCAACGAAUGCCACAGCUGAUCGUGCGACCAAGCGUGCUUCACUCAAGGAAAAGCCUGCUCCGGCUCCUACGACAAACGGUGCGUCUGGUGUUGAGAAGAGUAGCAAGACGCAUGAAGGUACGCGAACGCGAGGCAAGCGUGCGAGUACACCUGUUUCAGAGGCUAGCUCGGAACGAGUACGACGACGACAGACUGCGGCGCGGCACUAG